GGGACAAGUGCCGAUGGACAGGAACAGCUGUUUGACAAAUGACAGCUCAUGCUCUGAAUUCGUUUUAAUUGCUAUUUUUCUGUCGUUAGAUAAACUAUUUUAAAGCUGGAUUUAUUUCUGCAAGUACCGAUAGCACAACAUAUAUACUGUUGAUGCUCUAUUCAUUUGAACAGGAUAUGAAAAAGGGAAGGAAACACCAGCAAGGAGCCCGGGUGAAUGGGAAUGGAAAUGCACAGCAACAUGGAGAGCAUGAGUCAUGGAAAAAGCUGAAGCUGGUGCAGAUCCACCAGGCCCUGAACUGUGACCCUGUGGACAUUGAGACCCUGCGGAGGGCGGCCGUCAGCGAGGGAGGCCUUCUUACAGAUGAGAUCAGGAGGAAAGUCUGGCCCAAGCUGCUCAGCGUCAAUGUGUACAACUUGCCUGCUAAACCAACCAAGGAUAUCCGAGAGAACCACAAGGACUUCAAUCAGGUGCUCCUUGAUGUCAGGAGGUCCAUGAAACGUUUCCCAAGAGGCAUGCGUGUGGACGAGAGGCAGGUACUACAGGAACAGCUGAUCGACAUCAUCCUGGUUGUCCUACAGAAGAACCCUGCGUUACACUACUACCAGGGUUACCAUGACAUCGUGGUCACCUUCCUACUGGUGGUUGGAGAGCGCAUGGCCAUUGCCAUGGUGGAGACUCUUUCCAAUCACCACCUCAGGGAUUUCAUGGAUCCUACCAUGGACAGCACCAAGCACAUACUGAACUACCUAAUGCCAAUACUGGAGCAAGUUGAUCCACAGCUACAUGAAUUCAUGCUGAGGGCCGAGGUGGGCACCAUCUUUGCUCUGAGCUGGCUCAUCACAUGGUACGGCCACGUCCUGUCUGAGUUCCGUCACGUUCUCAGGCUCUAUGACUUCUUCCUGGCUUCACACCCCCUGAUGGCCAUCUACUUCGCUGCCGUGAUCGUCCUGCACAGGGAGAAGGAGGUGAAGCAAACCGAGUGUGACAUGGCCAUGGUGCACCAACUCCUGUCUAAGAUCCCCCAGGACCUGCCCUACGAGGAGCUCAUCACCCAGGCCCACUGCCUCUUUACCCGCUACCCGCCCUCCCUGCUGGCCAAGCGUGCUGCUCUGCAGUCCCGCAAUAGUCCGUAUCCUUCCACCAGCGCUGCAGUCAUCCCUCGGUCCGUAUCCUUCCACCAGCGCUGCAGUCAUCCCUCGGUCCGUAUCCUUCCACCAGCGCUGCAGUCAUCCCUCGGUCCGUAUCCUUCCACCAGCGCUACAGUCAUGCCUCGGUCCGUAUCCUUCCACCAGCGCUACAGUCAUUCCUCUCCGGGUGUAAAUGACAUUGCUGACAAGAGGCCUUGAGUGACAGCCGGAUACAAAUGUCUGCCUGACAGGCAAUGUAGUGACACUGCCAGUGCCACGCUCUCUGGAUGGCUGGUUUCUGGUUGCUUCCUUCCUGUAGUAAGGUCAGGCAGUCAGUCAGUCAGCAGGCAACAGGUAACAUCGGGUAGAGAGAGGAGGCGACAUCUGGAAGACAGGGUCACAAUCAUUAAUUCAAACAAUGUUUUGCAAAGGAAAAUGAGCAUUACUUAUUGGACAUUUCAGGUAGAAUUCUCCCUGUUUCAGUCCGUUUCCUUCCGUUUUAGUGUCUAAUGAAUUUGACCUAGCAGAGCUCGGAAGACUGAGAGUGGGCUGUGUGGGUCUCCUAUUCGAGACUUGGCAUUAGCUCUGUUAAGGAAGGUCAUGUCUGUGUUUGUUUAACUUUGACCCAAUGUAGAGUAACAUAUGACCUCGUGUCCCCUCCCCUUGCUCAGUAGUAGAGUGGUGAAUGACAUGACGUGUGAGGUCAAGUGUUAGAACUAGUGACCCACUUAUUCUGUGUAUAGGGGGGAGGGCAAAGGAAAGCGGUAGAGAGGGACUCAAAAGUAAAGAGGGAGAGCGCGAGCAGGGGGGUUGUGUUGCGUCACACUGCACGGCUGAGAGAGCAGCUCCCGGUGGCACCACGACAAACAGAACAGGGCCUGUCGGUGACGACUCAACCACACUGAACAUCCUCUGCUUCUUCUGGGUCACGAGGACAGCUGCAUGCCGACUCACCCGUCUGACCUCUCUUGUGUCCCUACUUUACUUCGGCCUAGGGAAUAGGGUGCCAUUUGGGACGCAUCGCUGGUGUAGUAAUGCUAAACAUGAAUUAAAACAUGAAUACACAACUAUUGCGGCACAGGAACACUGGCUACAGUGUGCCACGGUCACAGAGAAUGACAGAUGGGCACAGGAUGGAAGGCUCACAAGGCCAAUAGCCAAAUUCAUUUUGAAAUGGCCCUCUAUCCCUGAAAUGACAACAUACUUCAUUUCUAAGUUAAGACACCAGCAAAGCCACCUCUACCUGACAAAAUAUUUCCCCCAACUCCCUCAAGGUUUAGAAUGAGCUGCUUUGAUCACAGUCAUCAGCUCACUAUCCUGUCAGCUGUAUUCAAAGACUCAGUGUCACGGUCAUUGACGAGGUCCUAGUCCCUUUCAACAGGAGGAGAAAUGAGAGGAGAGAACAUGGGCUAAGCCAGCCACUGACUGCACAGUACACCGUCACUGUCACUGUCAUACAGAGAGUGUAUUCCAAAUGACACCCUAUUCCCUAUUUAGUGCACUACUUUUGACCAGGGCACAUAGAGCUCUGGUCAAUAGUGGUGCACUAUAUAGGGAAUAGGGUGUCAUUUGGAACGCCGUAGGAGAGGAGUAAGUGAUAUGAGUCACUGGUGUACCACUACAGUAUGUACACUACAGGAGGUUCAUCAGAACAACCUGGCCCUCUGGGGUGUUAAGCUGUUUAAAGUGAAAGUUUAAAAGUUAAUUGCUCUGCUGUUACCUGUCAGCUAUUUUCAUCCUGGGAGCAGUAGCAAAUUAUACUAAUGAGAGAGAGAGAGAGAUUGGAGAAAGGGACACUCUAAAAGCCCUCUUUAAAAGAGGAGAGUGAAAGACUUAGACAUUGAGCCCCUCAGCCCAGGCAUGAACGCUCAGGGUACCAUUUUCCCAAAGGCGCUUUUCUGCCAUUAACCGCCCUGUUUUUUGUGUGUUUUUUUGCCAGGUUCAUAAUCAGGAAAAAAGGCAUUUGCAUUUGGUAUUGCAGUGCCAUGUUUACUAUUACUUCCAGAGGGAUGAUAAUGAAAUGGAAGUGAAUAUUUUAUGAUUUUUUAAUGAUGUUUUUCUCCGAACUGUUGAGGAAAAUGUGUGUUGCUGUGGUCUUACCCAUCAGCACUAGCUGGUGCUUCUGGUGUUGUGUUGCUAAUGUAAUUGAGAAAAAGCUGUAGCCAUAUGAAGUGUCUUUGUUAAGGCCAUAGGGCACUGUUCCCCCCCCCCCCUUCCCUUCCUCCUUCUUUUCC